AUGGCCUCCUCCAAGCUGUUUCUCCUCCUUGCCAUCUCUACCAUCACCGUGACUUCAUCACCAACUCAAUCGGCCAAGAAACCAUCUACAUCGGCCGCCAACUUCAUCCUCAAGAGCUGCAACGCCACCGGCUACCCAAAUCUCUGCGUCUCAUCCCUCUCCCCCUCCGCCGCCGCCAUCAACUCCAACCCUUUCCUCCUCUCCGGUUCCGCCGCCUCCAUUGCCCUUUCCCGUCUCCGAGCCACCCGAUCACGCAUCUCCGCCCUGGCCAACACCACCUCCACCGGCCGCGAGUCCGCUGCGCUACGCGAUUGCGCCGACACGCUUGGCGACGCCGUCGAUCAAACUAGCAAAUCGGCGAAGUAUCUGGGGAAGAUGGCGGCGGGGAAAGGUGCUGGAUCUGGGUCGAUUGCGUGGAGGGUUUCGGGGGUUCAGACGUGGAUGAGCGCGGCGUUGACGAAUGAGGGCACUUGUGGCGACGGGUUCGAUGGGGUUCCGAUGGAUUCUGUGGUGAAGAAGGUGGUCGCCAUGGUCGCCGUUGUGAAGAUGUACUCCAGCAAUGCCCUAGCUCUUGUUAACAUUCUCGUUUCUUGA